AUGGGCAAGCUGCAUCGUCGUAGUAUGCAUACGCCGGUACGCAUACUGGUGGGGGUGGGGCGUCCACACCCAGAGGAACCGCCUCAGUACCAUUUUCUCGGCUACCUUACUGAUAAUGGAAGUAAGGCUGAUGGGACGGUACGACUCCAACCGUUCAGGCGACUUACUAGGUUUCAGGAGUGGGACGAUGGUCGCUCGUCGCCACUCGGCCGGGAUGAUUCCUGUCGUCCAACUGUGAUUUAUGCAUCGAAGAAGAAAUCGGAGACCCUUCGACGACAAAUGUCGCAGUGCCUCACUGUGGACUUCGUCCGGUCCGGGGGCCUUGCCAAACGGUGUACUACGCAGCGCAGCAAGCAGUUCCGGUUCGCUAAAAGGGGCAUCGAGAGGGGAGGGGGGAGAGCCUAUCGUAGAAGGGGCGGCAGACUCGCUGGUGUUCUGCAGAUUCAGGGAGAGAAUUCCGACCGGCUUCGCACUUCAGAAUGUGUCGCAACGGCCCAGCCUCGGCGACCAUAG